AUGAUUCAUGAACUCAUCCACUACCUUGCAGAUCUGUCUUUCGACAAAGACAAUAGGUUGUUUUUAAAAGCAGGAAUAACGAACGAUUUUAACAUCUGUCAGAGCAGAGUUUAUUCUCCGGUAGAUGCCGCAAUGCAGUCGGGGGCAAAAGUGGACAGGAACGGAGAGAUAUGGAACACCAGGGAAACAAUUAUGAAGCUUCCAAAAACAAAACGUUUGAUUGCUGAGCUUAGCGUCGCAGCACAGCGGUACGGGAUUGCAGGGGAAAGACGUUAA